AUACACUCUUUUGGCUUUUUACUUCUGCUAAAAGCUCCAACAAGUCACCAUACAUUUGUUAAAUAUAGAAGGUGUGGAAUGGUAUUAUCAUCUUUAGUGAAGUUGUGAGAAAAACCAUUAUUGAUGGAGCACAACCCUAGUUCCUCUAUAAAUGAUAGGAAGACUAUAGAGAAAAAUAGAAGAAAUCAAAUGAAGACCCUCUACUCCAAGCUCCAUUCUCUUGUGCAUCCUCACAACACUAAGCAGGAAGCAAUGUCAUUGACAGACCAAAUAGAUGAAGCUGCAAACUAUAUCAAGAAGUUACAGAAAAACUUGGAGAAAUUGAAGCAGAAGAGAGAUAGUUUAAUGGGAGUUGAAAAACCAAAAGCAAGAAUGAAAAGCACAACAAAUGUAGGGCUGAGAUCACCACAGAUUGAGAUCAAUAUGAUGGGUUCAGCUCUAGAUGUGGUUUUGAUAACUGGGUUGGAUUGUCAAUUCAUGUUCAAUGAGACUAUCAGAGUGAUUCAUGAGGAAGGAGCCGAGAUCGUUAAUGCCAGCUUUUCAGUUGUUGAUGAUACUGUUUUCCACACAAUCCACUCCAAGGUUGGAGAGUCUGGACUGGGAUGUGGAGUAGCAAGCAUUACUGAGAGGCUAAAGAAGUUUGUCUAUGAUGCUAGUUAGCUAUUUUAGUGAUGUUAAUGUAAGAACUGGUUUAAUUUAUUCAGUUUCUUUCUUGUAUGACAAUUACUAAAAUUCUUAUGUGAGUUUGCUUAUGAUUCCUUUUUUC